GCUCAUUCUUACCCACAGGCCCCCUCCCGUCUCUCUCUCUCCUGCUCCUUUCUCCCUCUCUCCUCUCCCCUCCCUCCCUCUUUUCCUCCCUCCCUUUCUCCCUCUCUCCCUCUCCCUUCCUCUUUCCCCCUCCCUUUCCUUCUCCCUCUCCUCUCUCUCAGCUUCCUAACAUUAAAGAGAAAAUGCUGCUAUCAGUGACUUCCAGGCCUGGGAUUUCGACUUUUGGCUAUAACAAGAACAACAAGAAGCCAUAUGUGUCAUUGGCACAGCAGAUGGCACCACCUAGUCCAAGCAGCAGCACCCCCAACAGCAGCAGUGGGGGCAAUGGCAACGACCAGCUGAGCAAAACCAACCUGUACAUCCGUGGACUGCAGCCAGGCACAACUGACCAGGACCUUGUCAAGCUGUGUCAGCCAUAUGGCAAGAUUGUCUCCACUAAGGCCAUACUGGACAAGACCACAAACAAAUGCAAAGGCUAUGGCUUUGUGGAUUUCGACAGCCCUUCAGCAGCACAGAAGGCUGUAACAGCACUGAAAGCCAGUGGUGUGCAGGCACAGAUGGCAAAGCAACAAGAGCAGGACCCCACAAAUUUAUACAUCUCAAAUCUCCCACUGUCCAUGGAUGAGCAAGAACUGGAGGGGAUGCUGAAGCCCUUUGGCCAGGUUAUCUCCACUCGGAUCCUUCGAGACACCAAUGGGACCAGCAGAGGAGUUGGCUUUGCAAGGAUGGAGUCCACAGAGAAGUGUGAAGCGAUCAUCACCCACUUUAAUGGGAAAUUCAUUAAGACACCCCCUGGAGUGCCAGCCCCAUCUGAUCCCUUGCUCUGCAAAUUUGCUGAUGGUGGGCCAAAGAAACGACAGAAUCAAGGGAAGUUUGUGCAAAAUGGACGGGCUUGGCCAAGGAGUGGAGACAUGGGUGGGAUGGCCUUGACCUAUGACCCUGCCUCAGCUCUUCAGAAUGGAUUUUACCCGGCCCCUUAUAACAUCACCCCCAACAGGAUGCUUGCUCAGUCUGCACUCUCCCCUUACCUACCAUCUCCAGUGUCUUCCUAUCAGAGAGUGACUCAGGCAUCUCCUCUGCAAGUGCCUAACCCGUCUUGGAUGCACCACCAGUCGUACCUCAUGCCUCCCUCAGGUUCCGUUCUGACACCGGGGAUGGAUCACCCCAUUUCUCUCCAGCCAGCCUCGGUGAUGGGACCCCUGACCCAGCAACUGGGCCACCUCUCGCUCAGCAGCACGGGCACGUAUGUGCCGACAGCUGCAGCUAUGCAGGGAGCUUACAUCUCCCAGUACACGCCUGUGCCUUCUUCCAGUGUUUCUGUUGAGGAGAACAGCGGCCAGCAGAAUCAAGUGGCAGUGGAGACGCCCUCAGACCAUGGAGUCUAUUCUUUCCAGUUCAGCAAGUAACCUCGGCUGAGCCUGCCUGCUUAGCCUUUUCACAGUUUUUAAUUUUGUGAAUUUUUUUGAAUGAAAUUUCAUAUGGAAUUUGGGGGGUGGUGCUGGGCAAGGGGCAAGGUAGAACACUAAGCAGGCAGCACAAGUGGCUUUUCCCUCUGCUCUAACACUUCUUGAGAGAAAAGACUAGACUACAGCUGCAGGAAGCAGAACUGUCACCUGCUCAUUUCAGAGAUGACCCCACGGCCUUUGGAAGCCACCUUUGAACCAGAUUUGGUUGAAGACUAGGUCUUUCCUGACAAGCUCCAGACGGAUUUACUGACUUCUCUCUGCGAAAGCUGCGGCCUUGGGGUCCCUGCUUUCCCGCCUCCUGGAGGCUCUCCUCCUCUGCCGGCCUGUGGCCCUUCUCUCUCCGCUGCGUUUGCUGUCCUCCGCACAGGCCCUGUGCAGCUGUGGCCUUGCCGAGUCCACUCAGGCUCCUUCCCAACUGGAAGAUCGACUGCUUCACCCACAUUCCAGUGGUUCUUGGCCAGAGGUGCUUUUCUUCCCCAGAGCCUGUUGUCAAUAGCUGUCAACAUUUCUGAUUGCCAUGCCUAGGGGUGGAGUGUGUGUGCUACCAGCAUCUGUUCCCUAGAGACCAAGGACACAGCUAAGCAUGCCACAGGGCACAGGACAUCGCCACCCUCCAAACAAAGAAUUUUCAGCCCUAAACUGUCAAUAGUGCCAAGGUAGAGAAGCUUUGAUAGUGUUUCUCUACUUUCUGGGGUAGGAUCAGUUCCCUUCUCCACCCUGGACGCACAGUGUUUUGACAUUCAGUGCAACUGGUUGGGAGGGCGGAACCGGGAUCCUAGAAUUUUCCCGGGGUUUGACCUUUAAAGCUUUGUAUACAGCAAGAGCUGCCCUGGCAAGGCCAGUAGCCACAUGCAUUCUCAGAGCGCUUGAGACGGGGACUGUUCUGUGUGUGCUGCACAGGGUGGGAAAGCUCAGAGCUGUCUAACUGUGCAGAGUGCCUGGUGUGUUUGGACUCCUUCCCUGGGGAACCAGGACCUCAGAAAUAAUUUUCCUGAGCUGGGUGUGUUGGUGCACUACUAUAAUCCCAGCAUUCGGGAGGCUGAGGCAAGAUGAUUGUAAAUUCAAGGCCAGCCCCUGUCUCAAAGAAAACUAAGAGAGAGAGGAGAGAGGGGGAGAGAGAGAGGAAGAAAUUUUCUUGUGAAGGACAACAGGGAGCUAGGAUAGAAAAACACAGUAUGUCCCAUCUCAUAGUGUACAAGGUCGGAGAUGUCUGGAAGCUGUCUCGCUCACAGCUGUCCUCUCACAAGACCUAACUGUGCACUGGAGACAGGAAGGAGGAAGCCUUUGGCCACCUGACAGAGAUAAUCCUACUCCUGUCUCCUCCUCACAAAAUAUCUACUCCCCUUCGAGGCCAGGUUCGCCUCCACCAGACACCACCAGUCGGACGAAGCAAGUGGGGGUGGGGGAGAAGCAGGUGUUGAGGCUGGUGUGGGGGAGAAGCAGGAGGAGAGCCAGGGAGGCAGCCCUGGGCUCAGCAGCUGCACAAAGAGCCUCACCCAGAUUUUCCUCCCACCCCACAAGUGAGAGUCCCCAUCCUCCCUUUCCUGUUUGUCCCCUGUACAUCCUGGGGGUAUAAGGGAGUUGGGGCAAUGAAUAAGACUCAAAGGAACAAAAUCGCCCAUUUUCCCAUUGGUGCUUCCAACUUCAGGAAAAGCUUAUCCAGCAUAAAAGCCCCAUUCCCAGUACCCUUCUAGGGUUUGGCUGGACAAACAGUGCUUGUUUUGGAAUUUCUAAACCUCAGUAAAGGGAAGUAUACCAUAGCUACUUUCUUGCUAGUGGCCUUUGUUUGUGACAGGGUCUUAUAUGUAGCCCAGGCUGGCUUCAAAUUUAACGUGAUCCUCCUGCCUCAGCCUCCAAAUGUUGGGAUCACAGGUGUGCACCACCAGUGGCCUUAAGAGAGAAAACAAACCCAGAAUUUUGUUCAUUUGAUUGUUAAGGUGUGUGUGUGGGUUCUGCCGAUAGGUUUAGUGUGGGCCACCUUUCCUCACAGAAAUCAUUGAUGUCACUGCUGCCCCUCCUCUGCCUCCUGGAACUUUUUUUUUUUUUUUUGGUACUGGGGAUUGAACUCAGGACCUUGAGCUUGUGAGGCAGGCGGCAGGAACCACUGAGCUAAAUCCCCGGCCCUCAGAACUCUUGAUUCUGUCUUUUUGUAUAUGUGCUGCCAAAGCGAGCACUGAUUCUGUCUUUUUGUAAUCUAAAAAUGUUUAAAUGUUUUUUUGGUUUUGUUUUAAAUUUCAAAGUUACCUUCUGAGGGUCUUAUUGUGACUCUACUUGUUAGAUUCUAUUAAUGAGUGUUCUGGCUUGGGCAGGUUCAGACAUGGGCAGUGACCUGCAGUUAUUUUUGUAGUGGUUAAUGGCACAGGAAUUUCUUUUAGGUGCUUUUGGUGGAGAAACUCCUGUUUUUUCCUCUAGUUGUUAGUUCAUUUUUCUUUUCCGGUACCAGGGAUGGAACUCAGGACCUUGCGCUUGCCAGGCAGCGUAGUGCCACUGAGCUGCAUCCCUGGCCCUGUUAGUUCAUUUCUAAUAGCAGGUAGUGAUUAGGAGGAAGAGGGAGGUGCUGCCUCUCCUGUGGAAGGGUGGGAUGGGCAGGAUGGCAGGGGAGCUAUGGCAUGGCCUCGGGCUGGGCUCUUUAAACACUCUGUCUCACACUUCCUGAACCCUGCUCGGACUCUGUACUUCCCAUCUCUCCCCGAAUCAUUACAGAAGCUUAUACUGUAACUUUGGGGGGUGGGGGGUUACUGGGGAUUGAACCUUUGGUACAUCCUCAGUCCCUUUUUGAGACAAGGUCUUGCUAAGUCACUAAAUUGGCUCAAACUUGUGAUCCUCCUGCCUCAGUUUCCAAAAGUGCAGGUAUUACAGGUGGGUGCCACUGAGCCCGGCUGACACUUACAGUAGUCUGAAAAUGUUUUAGUUUUCAGUUAAAUACCAUAGAACAUAGCAAAGCCCUUUCUUCAGCUGGUGAGUCCUUCACCAGGCUCAGCCUGCAGGUCUCAUCUUGUGCCAGUGUUAUUGCUGCUCCUCAAACCUGGACUGACUGGGCUGACUGCAGGAGGGUGCAGGUGGAGGUUGACAAGAUUUGGGAGCAAUGAUGGGAAGGGAUUUUUUUAGUCUUUUCAACCAAAGAAUUUGAGGAGCUGCUCAGCCUGGAAAGUCUGGCGGCUCUGAAGAGAUGGUAGGCUUUGUCAUAACAGGGGUGGCAGGGGGACACUAUGUGUGCUGAGGAGACCAGACUUGGCUGCUCCACAGGCUGUCUCUGGUUGGCACCGCGGGGCCCCAUUUCUUCCUCUCUCUUUCCUAACUUGCUGAUCAGUGAGCUCACUCAACUCCUCCCUUAGUGUCUCCAGGGCUCACCCUUGGUGCUGUGGAGGGAGCCCCUGCUGCAGUGUGGUGGGGAUCCCCAUGGCGGCUCUGAUCUUAGAAAAGGAACCAUUGCUGCUCUGCCACACAUGCCCCUUCUGGGAAAGUGGCAGCACUGCACUCCUGAGGGUGUUUUGCCUUCUUAGCCAAGAGCAAUGCACUUGGGGGGGUGGUCAGGCCCACACUCGCCCCAGCCUCUGCUAGACCUGGCUCAGUGGGCAUCGGAGGAGGGUGGGUGUUAAAAAGCCAGUCUGCAGAGGUGGAACCUAAAUUUUGUGCCUUAUGAUGUCCUUUAAACCAACCACUCCAUUUCUGAGCAACUCACCUUUUAGCCUCUUCAAACAUUAGCAGACUCAAGUUCAGUGAGCUUUUCCACUUCAUUUCCCUUAGCAGCAAAAAGCAGGUAUCUUGGCUGACAUUCCAGACGGUGGAGUUUCACAUGCCUUAAGGGUGAGAAGCUGAUGCCCUCAACACCCCCACUUCCAUUGCUUUCUGCUGGCCUGUCCACUUGUUUUGAGGAAGCCUUCACUGUCCAAGCAGAACCACAAGCUUCUUUGUCCUUGUUACUUGUCUACCUCACAAUCUUACAACUCAACAAGGGCAUAAGUGCCUGCCUUAACCUUUAUUGGCUUUAUCUUCAUGAGAGUUAGGAAGAUGGGGACUAGAAAGGCCUCAUGAACAAAUGCAAAAGCUCUUUGGAUAGUUCUGGUUCUGGAGUGUCUUCCCUGAGAUUCUAGCUCACUAAGCACCCUAUAAUAGCAGGAGCUUUACAGCUGGAUCCUAGGACGGCAGGCCAAGAAGGCAGGCAGUGACCACACAGGUAACUGAAUGGUAGGAGUCACCCCAGGAGGAGAAUUGGUCAGUGGCUGCCAUAUGGCUGAGAAGGUAACCAAGUACCAAAGAGGGUGUUUGCAACGUCUACAGGGCUGGAAGCAAUGUUCCUUGUCCACCUUAACGUCCAGGUAGUUUACAGUGUUCAGGAGACAAAGAUCCCAACCUGGAGGUAGUAAGACUUUUCCAGGCUGAGUAAAUUAAAGUCUCUAUUCCAUUACUGCUGUCCCAAAUCCACCGACACGCCACUUUCGGGUGGGUACUCUGUUGCAUGCACUUAUCACCUUGGAGGAAAUGUUUAAUUUAUACUUAAAAACACAUUUUGUACAUUUUUUCUUUAUCCAGAGAUGUUUAGUUUUAUAUUCUUCCUGUGUCUGUGCCAAUGCUACCCUUCUAGUUUAUUCUUCCUUUUCUGAUCCCUGGUCUUCCCAUGAUUUUCCCUGUAAUUUGGUAGUUUCAUUUUGUCAGUUUUUAAAAAAUAAACACAAAAGGCUGUGUCCUGGUGUCUCGUCCA